CACAAAAAUGUCCCCCAGCUUCACCAGCAGCUUCAGCAACAAUGCGCCUCAAGCACCUUCUAUCGCUCCUCCCGGGCGCCGCGCUGUUUUCUGCGGCCGCAGCCGCGAUCGAUGUUGUGCAGUCCUCGACGACGAUUAAGGUCUCCAAUGCGCGACUCAAUGCUACUUGGCAGAAGAAUAUUGGCGCCAUUGUCGACUUGACGCUUGAUGGGAGGGAUCUCCUGGGCACGCAGAGCGGGAGUACGGGGAUUGGGCCGUAUUUAGACUGCUACUGCAUCCCGACGGGCUUCUACACGAUCGGGACGAACACGCCUACGUGGGAAGUGGUCUCGGGCUCCGACGGUAGCGGCACGCCGUACAUCGGCGUGAUCCUGUCCGACACGUACAAGCCGACCAACCAGACGUUCCAGCAGUACUGGUUCCUGCGGGGCGAGGAGACUGGUUUCCACAUGUUUACGCGCGUCGCGUACUACAACACCGCCACGCCGUUCCUUAGGAAUCUGCAGGAACUGAGGACGCUGUUUAGGCCGAAUGCCGGGCUGGGGCUGUGGACACAUCUUAGUGUCAAUGAUAAUCAGUGGGCACCGCUCCCGAGUCAGGAGGCCAUGCAGAAGGGAGUUGUCGUCCAGGAUGCCACCUGGAGUCUGAAGGCGACCCCGAACGAUAAAUAUGUCACCCAGUUUUCUGAGUAUUUCACGAAGUAUACCUUCUCGAGUGAUUGGAGGAGUACUAUCGCCCACGGAAUGUUUGCCGACGGAAGCACGAGCAAUGGCACCUCGUACGGCGCGUGGCUGAUCAUGAACAGCAAGGAUACGUACUUUGGCGGGCCGUUGCAUUCGGACCUGACCGUGGACGGGAUCGUGUACAACUACAUCGUGUCGAACCAUCACGGCGAGGGAACACCGAACAUCACGCACGGGUUCGACCGCACCUUCGGCCCGCAAUACUACCACUUCAACUCCGCGCCGGGCGCCUCGCUGACCGAUCUCCGGCGCGACGCGGAAGCGCUCGGCACGCCGGGCUGGAACGCCGACUUCUACGCAUCGAUCGAGGCGCACGUGGUGGGGUACGUGCCGAGCACGUCGCGCGGCAAAUGGAGCGGCAAGAUCUCUCUGCCCAAGGGCGCGACGCGGCCCAUCGCCGUGCUCAGCGCCGACGGCUACAGCUUCCAGGACAACGCGUUCGACACCAAGGCGCUGCAGUACUGGGGCGAGAUCGAUGCCCAGACCGGCAGAGUCUCCAUCGACCGCGUCGCCGCGGGGAAGUACCGCCUCACCGUGUACGCCGACGGGAUCUUUGGCGACUUUGUCAAGUCCGGCGUUGUCGUCGCCGCCGGGAAGACCACCACCACCUCCGCCACGUGGAAAGAGGAGUCCGCGGGGAAGGAGCUGUGGCGCGUCGGCACACCCGACAAGUCCUCGGGCGAGUUCCGUCACGGCGUGACCCCCUCCACACUCACGCCCCUCGCACCCCCCGAGUACCUCAUCUUCUGGGGCGCCUACGACUUCCCCAGCGAUUUCCCCACCGGCGUGAACUACACCGUUGGCGUCUCCGACCCCGCGCGCGACUGGAACUACGUGCACUGGUCCGUGUUCGGACCCACACCCAACCGCGCGGAGCAGGCCUCCGUUAACACCGCGGACUGGACCGUCAACUUCGCGCUCACUCCCGCGCAGCUCGCCGGCCGCAAGACCGCCACGCUGACCAUCCAGCUCGCGGCCGUCAAGGGUGCCUCAGGGAAUACGGAUGUGCUCUCGCCUACCGAGCCCUGGGCGAACGUGCCGCUCACCGCGUAUGUCAACGGUAGAGAGGCGGGGACGAUCGUUGCCCCUUGGUAUAAGAGCUCCAGCUGCGCUGUGAGGAGCGCGGUCAGCUGUUAUCAGGUCGCCGGGAAGGUGGAGUUCCAGGCUAGCUGGAUGAAGAAGGGGUGGAAUCAGCUCGUCCUCGCGCUGCCGGAGAAUGCGACGGAUACGGAGACCGCCGUGUUGACGGAUGCGAUCUAUGUGCAGUAUGAUGCUGUUAGGUUGGAGGUGAAGUAGUUAGGGGUGUGGGGCAUAUCAUGUAUAUGGCGGGGGAUUUGUGCGUCAGGUAGCAUAUAUACUCAAGUAAUUGUUAAAAUUUUGCGGAU